AUGCAGCAAAAGAGGCCCCCCUCUCCUGUGCCGAGCUGUGUGUCCAUGAAGAGUGACAAGUCCAUGUUCGAGCCUCCGUGCAUGGGAGGAGAUCCUGCUGGUCAGAGUGUGGAGAUUCAACAGGCCCACAAAUCACACCUGCUGGAGAGGUCCAAGUGUCUGAUGGAGGGACUCGCACAUCAGGGAGAAUCAACACUGCUCAGGAAGAUCUACACUGACCUCUACAUCACAGAGGGGAAAGGAUGGGGUGUCAAUGAAGAACAUGAGGUCAGACAGAUAGAGAGGGCAUCCUGGAGAGAAGCAGAUGAAGAUGAGUAUUCUGAUGAUUCAGAGGGAGAAGAGGAUUCUGAUGAUUUAGAGGGAGAAGAUGAAGAACACGAGGUCAGACAGAUAGAGAGGGCAUCCUGGAAAGAAGCAGACGAAGAUGAGGAUUCUGAUGAUCUAGAGGGAGAAGAUGAAAAACAUUUCAGACAGAGAAAGAGAGAAUCCUGGAGAAAAGCAGCACAAGACAGGUCAAUCAAAUGCAGUGACAUCAUCAAACGCUUAUCUGAAGAAGUCAGUGAGUUAGUUCAUCAAGUCAAGGCCUCAUCUAAACAAGCCAAACAGAUAUCUGAGCAAGUCAGACCUAUUGGAAUAGUGCUCACAAAGGGAGUGGCUGGCAUAGGAAAAACCGUCUCUGUGCAGAAGUUCAUUCUGGACUGGGCUGAAGGCACAUCCAAUCAGGAUGUAGACUUCAUAUUUCCUCUUCCUUUCCGGGAGCUGAACCUGAUGAAGGAGAAAACCAUCAGUCUAGUUGAUCUCAUUAGGCACUUUUUCUCAGAUGUGAAGGAUCCAAGAGUCUUCACCAGUUUAGAGAACAGAGUCAUGUUCAUCUUUGAUGGUCUGGAUGAGUGUCGACUUCCUCUAGAUUUUCGCUACAACCCAAAGUGCUGUGAUGUGACAGAGUCAGUUCCAGUUGACGUCCUUCUGACAAACCUCAUCAAGGGAAAGUUGCUGCCCUCUGCUCUUCUCUGGAUCACCACCCGACCAGCAGCAGCCAAUCAGAUCCCUCGGGAGUGUGUGAACCAGGUGACAGAAAUAAGGGGAUUUAACGACCCACAGAAGGAAGAGUACUUCAGGAAGAAGCUCAAUGAUAAGAAAAUGGCCAGCAGAAUCAUCGCUCACCUGAAGUCAUGCAGGAGCCUCUUCAUCAUGUGCCACAUUCCAGUCUUCAGCUGGAUUUUAGCUACAAUAGUAGAGAAAGCAUCAGAUGGAUCAGGGAGUAUAGAGAUUCCAAGGACUCUCACUCAGAUGUACAUACACUUCCUGAUCAUUCAGGUCAGAAUUAAAAAUACCAAAUACACCGAGCUGGAAGAGAGAGACGAAGAGAUGAUUUUCAAACUGGGCAAACUGGCUUUCCAACAGCUGGAGAGGGGAAAUCUGAUCUUCUAUGAGGGAGACCUGAGAGAGUGUGGCAUUGAUGUCACAGAAGCAUCCGUCUACUCAGGAGUGUGUACUCAGAUCUUCAGAGAGGAGGCUGGACUGUACCAGGGGAAAGUGUUCAGCUUUGUGCAUCUCAGUAUUCAGGAGUUUCUGGCAGCGUUAUAUGUGGUCCUCUGCUUUAUUAACGGAGAAAGAAACAUGUCUGACCAACAGCAAACCUCUGAGCUCUCUGCUCUGUUCAGGGCAGCAACGCUUCAGGACCUACACAAGACUGCAGUGGAUCUGGCCUUACAGAGUAGGAAUGGACACCUGGACCUUUUCCUUCGUUUCCUCCUCGGCCUCUCACUGGAGUCCAAUCAGAACCUCUUAAACCACCUAAUGGCACAGACCAACAGCCAAUCACAAAGCUCAGAGCAAACAGUUCAGUUAGUCAAACAGGAGAUCAGAGGUCAUAGGGAGCCAGACAGAAGGAUCAACCUGUUCUGCUGUCUGAAUGAGUUGAAUCAGCAUGCUGUAGUGGAGCACAUUGACAAUAGCUCAAGAACACUGACUAUAGAGAUGCUCUUACCAGGACAGUGGAAGACUGAAAAGUUCAAGUUCAAGACUUCAGAAGAGUAUCUGGAUGGGUUUGACCUGCAGAAGUACAUACAGACACCAGAGAUGGAUCAGACUGACCUCCUGAGCCCAGAUGCCGUCCUCCAGAAGCUGACUGAUGUGUUCACAUCAUCCACCUCAGCAGAGUGA